GGAAACGCGGUAUUUAAGAGUCGCACCAGCCGGAACCUGGGCUCGCGAAGUCACAUUGAAGAGGAAACCGUCGGUCACAUUAAAAUCCGGACAAGUGACCGGUCGGUGCAUUCCUGAUGACUUUAUCUGGAUGAUCAUCAACAAUGUUUACUACAAAGGUCGUCCCUUGUCUUAGUCUAUUACGUAGAGCAACUGGUGCACUUCACGCCCAUGGAGACAUCCUGAACCGAUGUGUCCAGCCGGUCUGUCCUGCUCUCUUCAUCUCAUCUAGACAGAAUCUCAGUCACUACUCGACAGCAGCAGACAACACACCACCUCCUCGAUGGACACAGCUUGAGCCAGAACUGGACGAGGCUCUUGUGCCACGUAAACUGUCAGUGAGUCCUCUAGAGAGCUGGCUCUCCCUGCGCUACUCCCUCCCUCCCCUGCUGGAGUCCGUUCAGCCGCAGGAGGACAUAGAGCUCCUGGAGGAGAAGGUGCUGCCCCCCAUCUCUGUCCCUGUUUUGGAAGAUGACACAGGCUCUGCGACACCCCUCAGUUGUAAGAAUGUUCUGAAGAUCAGGCGACGGAUGAUGAAUCGGCAUAAAUACAGGAAGCUGCAGAAACGGAUUAAGUUCUUGAAAAGGAGAGUGCUAGAAAGCAGGGGGAGGAAAAAGCAGAAACGAUUUGAGGAGGAUCUGAAGAGUAUUUGGACGCGAGCUGGACUGAAGAAGGCUCCAGACGGAUGGACUACACCGAAGAUCUUCAUCAAUCAGCAUGGAAACAGAAGGUCGUGACAAACAUCCAUGGUGGUUUGAGAUUGAGUCAUAUCCCUCACACUGGCUGUAUCUGUACAACACUGAACACAAAGCAGGUUAAAACAGUCAGCCUGAGUUUUUGUGUUUCACUGGUGUACAAUGCUGUGUACUGUCAUUGUGACAAAGUGUACGUAAUCUAAUAAAGAGCUUUUUCGUUCCAGUCCAAAA